AUGUUCUUAUCUUCAUCUCCAAGACUAUUCCCAUCCACUCGCUUUGAUAUGUUAGAUCCUAUUGAUCAUACUUCUACUUCUACUACUACUGGCAACAACAACAACAACAACACUAACACUAUUGAUAGCAAUACUAUCAAUAAUAACACAAACCAAAAUUAUUCUACAAUUUCCCAAGAUUUUCAACAACAACAACAGCAACAGCAACAACAAGCAAUGCCUGAACAAUUACAAGGUACUAGUUUUGCAAUUCCUCAAGUUGAAGACGAUCUUAUGUUUAAUAGUGUUUCUUCAAGCACUCAACAACAUCAAGCAUCUUCCCUGAUUUAUCAAUAUCAACAACCUUUUAUGUCUACUUCAAAUUAUUUAUUAGAUGAACCUUCAUUUAAUAAUGAAGACAAUCAAGGUUUAGAUCUUGAAUCCUCAACUACUACUUCUACUUCAACAUCCAACUUUUAUGGACAAUCAAUUAAUGUGAAUUUAGGAGCCAUCCCAAGUAACAGUAAUACUUCGAAUGCUGGUCAAUCGUCUUAUUAUGGUGCUUUCAAUCCUCCUCAACCACUUUAUCAACAAAAUCUGCAUUAUAACAUUGGUACUGCUAAUAAUUCCUCAACUUCCUCAUCUUUGUAUUCUUUCCAUACUCAACAACAAGAAUACGCAUUCUCAACUCCUCCUGCACAACAACCUCAAUUACCUUCAAGUAUAUCUGGUGAUAUUUACGCAUCCUCAAGUUCAAUGACUUCAUUUUUCGAUCCUUCUCAUCAUCAUCAACAUCAACAACAACCACCACAAUCACAAACAAUUAAUUUUGAUUUGAACCAAAAUUAUCCUCAUCAACCUCCUUCAUCUGCUACAUCAACCACUUUUGAUUUGAAUUAUACCUCAUCAUCUCCAUUACCUCAAUUCCAACAACAACAAUAUUCUUCUAGUCUUCCAAAGGCUUCUACUUCAACUUCCUAUAAAGCUAAAUCAAGAACAACAUCAUCUCGUCAUUCUCCAUCAAUUAAAAAAGAACCUGAUCAUGAAUCAAGUAUAGGAGGUAAUGAUAAAAAAUUAUAUUCUAGUUUUUCAAAAGAUAGAUAUAGAGUUAUUAGAGGAGUUUCAGCAGGAGGUUGUAGUACAAGACCACCAAAAGAAUCCAUUGAAAGUGAUUCAAUUUAUUUACCAGUUGAAUUAAAUUUAAUUGGAGCUUCAAUUGAAGAUGUAUGUUAUCCAAAAUGGUCAGUACUGGAAAAACAAGAUAGAAGAAGAAUUAUUAGAAUUGAAAGAAUUCAAAAUGGACCUAAAAUAACAGCAAAUUUUUCAAUUAUUGGAAAUGCUAAUGAAAAUCCAGUUACUUUACCUCCAUCAAGUUCAAAUAUUGAUGUUGUUGAAGUUUCUUGUUUGGAAUGUGAUGUUAGAAUUAAUGAUGAUUAUGAAUCUCAAUCAAGUGAUGAUGAAGUUUCUAGUAAUAAUAAUAAUACUACUACAACAACAACUGGCGGUACUACUACUACUACCGGGGGUAAAUCACCAAGUUAUAUUAAAAAUGAAGUUGAUGGAGAAUAUUAUCAAUAUUAUAUAACAUCAGUUGAAGUUGUUGAAAUAGUUGAAUUAUUAAUUGGUAAUCAAUUUAGAGAUGCUGCUGAAAGAAGAAGAGAAAGAGGUAGAGUUAGAUCCAAUUUAGUUCCAUUUUGGUCUAAAAAACCAAUUAGUUCAAGAAUGAGUGAAAAUUCAAUGAAUUCUUCAUCUAAUAAUACUUUAAAUAUUCCAAGUGGUAAUACUCUUCCUACAAAUCAUGAUUAUCGUAUGGAAUUAGCUAAAAGAAUAAUGGGUUAUGAAAUUAGAAAACCAAGAGGUUUUGAUAAAGAAGUUAGAAUUUUAAGAUGGGACAAAUUAAUUCCUGCUUUGAAAAGAGCUUUACAAAGUUAUUAUACUGAAAUACCUCAACAUGAUUCUCAUUUACAAUUCUAA